AUGCGAGAAGUGGAGUAUGCGAGAAGGAAGCGGGGACACCUGAGAGGCUGGUCGAACGGCUUAGUUUUGGGUCUGUUACUGGUAUUGUGUGUUUGGCCCGGCAUCAGCCUAGAAGGUUUUGCGACUGCUGCGGCCGGGACGCACUGCACCCUACCUUGUGACACAUUGCAGGAAGUCCGAUGCAAAAAACAAGACUUGCCAAAGUAUCUCAGCUCAUCUGCACAUCCCGACGACACAUUGCCGGAAAUCCGAAGAAAGAUUGAAUCUCUCCGACAGUUGCUGACGAAGUUCCCAUGGCCAAAGCUGAAGUGCUUUUGUGCAAACGGACGCACCUACAGCCUGCCGCUGCGAGCCGUGAGCAGAGAGCCGUCACAUCGGCCGGCGAAAGCCAGGCUGGAGUACUUGGCCGGCUUCUUCGACGGGGAUGGCUGCGUUAGCUGUGUGACGGAUCUGUCCGGAUGCAAGUUGGUGGUGGGGCAGUCUUACGACCAGGCGGAAGUUCUCAUGCUCUUCCGCGAAGCAUUCGGUGGGAGCAUCUCGCGGCUAGCAGGGGGCAAGGGCUUGAUAAAGCCAGUGCUUUUUUGGCAAGUUUGCGGCGACUCGGCCCGACGAGCAGCAAGGCUCUUGGCACUACGAAGCAUCACGAAGCAGAAGCAGCUUUUGAUUGCGGCCCGAUGGCCAAAGACAAAAUCGCUAAGAGAGGACUGCAAGGCCGAGUUACGUGAGCUGAAGGAGCACGAUUCAGCGGGCGCUGGGUCGUGCAGCUGGAGCUACUUUGCCGGCUUCUUUGAUGCAGAGGGGUGUAUCAAGCAGUGCCUUGGCGGAGCCUCGCUGCAAUUGGCAGUGUCGCAAAAGCAUCCUCGAGUGCUGCGGAGUCUUCGUGAUUUUUUGAAGACAACAUCAGGCAUAGAUGCAACACUUGAGAAGUUCAGCGGACAUGCACGCGAACUUUGGGUCAGCGGCUUGCCCAAGUGCAAGCAGAUACUGCGACGCCUGUUGGACGCCGGAUUGCUUUGCAAAGCGAAGCAGGCGCAGCUCGCUUUGAGCCUGACGCCGGAGAAUGCUGCUGAAGUCAGAGCUGAGCUUGCGGGCCUCACUGGGAACCAAAGGUUUGGGAAGGGAUUGGACGCCGCAGGCCAAGAACGGGCGAGGAAGAUCCACACAGAGCAAUGGCAAGCUGCCCGCCUGCGUCGACGAGGACUGCACGCAGAAGUUGAAGCAAAGCAGCGCAGUAUUACGAAGCUCAAGCAGGAGCACGAGCUACUCAAAGCCCAUUGGGAGAACCAGCAGUUGACGGACGGUGAAGCCAUGCAGCAGGUCUUCGGCGUUUCCUGGCGCAUGGUCUGGAGCCGGAUCGUGGAAGCGCUCUACGAGGACUGUGUCAUCUCCUCUGACCAGGCAAAUGCCAUGGUUAAGGCUGGCAGCACCGUGCGCUGGGAGAACAAGGAGAACCUGCAGACCUCGGCGUCUCCUCAAGACCAGUUCUCCAGGAGUUCGUAUUCAGAGAUCGGGGAUGACUUUGGCGACGGUGACAGUGGAAUGAGGCGGGGUUGGCAACAUCUGGCAUACGAUGGAGAUCUGGAUUACUUAAAGUUGUCCGACCUUCGGCGAGCACUGGUAACGGCGCUGCGAGAGGAUAAGGGCAUGCAGUCCAUCAUCCCCUUCUCUGUCUUCGACCUAAGUCCCGGCAGUCGGCUCAUCGCCGUGAAUGACAGCUGGCCGGUCCUCAAAGACGAGAUGAUCGAGGAGCUGAGCAACGCAUCGCUGCCGGCGCUGCUGGUUUUCCAGCGGGCCGGCGCGUCCUUCCACGAGGUGGAAGUCGAGCUUCAGCCGCCUGCCAGAGUGAAGUCCAUGUCCUUCAUGACUGGGAAGGACGUCCCCGGUCUCGACCCAGUUUGCUGGAAGGUGGAGGGCUUCGUGGCGGACGCGAAAGGAGGAGGUCGCUGGAAGCAGCUGGUCUGGCAAGACAAGCCCUAUGCCCCGCCCUUCAAGCGCGAGACCGACCUGUGCGUCGUCUUCGACGUGGAGCAUUGGCGAGUGGACACAUCGGGUGGCCGUGCACGCAAUUCCAAGGUGCAAAGCAUCACGCUCCAGUCCUUCCUGCCGGUGGUGCAGGAGCGCCUGAGCUUCUUCACGGCGUCCCUUCGAAGUCUCCUCCGCUCCUCAGAGAAGUACGGUAUUCGGGCCGGCAUCGACACUCUGCUGGACAGCCACAUCGGCAACAUACCCUCCUUGACACAGGUCAUCCCUUGCUACAACGAGACGGUGAUCCUCAGCAAGCAGUACCUGCAAGAGGACGAUGGCUUGAACAGCAACCUGGCCUUCAUCAUCUCCCAGUUCCCCGAAGAGUGGGCCUUCUUCUGCGAGCGGCAUGACUUCACACCCAAGGGCAUGCACGAUGCCUUCAUGGGCCGCGGCGACCACAUGCUUACGCCCGCGGUGAUCAUGGAGGUGCGAAUGUGGGCCUCGAUGCGCUCGCAGACGGUUGCCAGGACGGUCGUCGGCGCGAUGCAGUACCAGGAGGUUGUUGCAAUGCUCCCGAGCGUGCAGUCAGCUGAAAACCCCGGGAAGGCUCUGGAAAGUUGCGUGGAGUUGGUUCUGGCGCAUCAGACGUAUGGAAGCAAGGCUGGUACCCCGGCGAACGACGAGUCGGUACGGUAUUUGCUUGCCAAGUACCGGCACCUGUGCUUCUUCCUGGUCUUCGACUUCGAUGCCGACAAGUCCCGGCCAGACAUCGUCACGGCUGUGAAUAACUUCGUGCGGGAGAAGUAUCGCUUUGAUCGCCCUGUCCGCCACGCGUCGGUGCUGGCACGCUUCCGGAAGGGGGCAUACAAGGAGGACGAUUUCGAAGUGCCGGAGAGUGCUGUGGAAAUUCUGGAAGUGCUGCCCCGGUGCUUCGCACUACUCGUGGGCACGCCGGGUUUCAUGACACAGGGAAAAGCUGGCAACCAGCUCGGGGCGCUACGCUUCUCUCGGGGUCACUUCUUGCAGAUGAUGGAUGCAAAUAUGGGUGCUUUCCUAGGGGAGGCGACGAAGGUGCCUUUCAUCCUCCGGCGGUUUCAGCCGCACUGGACCGACAGGACGACAGUGCGAGCCCGAAUCAUUGGCUUUCGAGAGUUCAUUUUCACGGAGAGCCACGGGGCCGUGGGCAGUGUCAUGGCCUCGGCCGAGUGGUCCUUCGGCACCAUCUGCCAGCGAUUCCUGGCCGGUUUGGGUGCCCGAAUGCACUACGGCCAUCCAGACUUCCUGGACGGCUUCUGGGCCUCGAACAGGGGCUCUUUGUCAAAAGCCAGCCCGGCCAUCAACCUCUCAGAGGAUAUCUUCGCCGGCUUCAAC